ACGGCGUUUAACAUUUUGGUUUCCAUUUCCUAAUUUUACAGAGACAUCAUCCACAACUCUUGCCCAUAUCCUUCAGAUAGCUUCUUUCAAUCCAGCUACCUUGUUUACUGGUAUCAAAGCACCUUCAUUCAAGAUGAGAGGCACAUAUACUCCCUCUCAGAUCUCUUCAGAAGGCCAGCAUCACGCUUCAUCAUUUGAAGCUCCAACCGCCAACAUGAGCCCACCUCAAGAUAGAACCCUCCUUCUUGACCCUUGAGGAGAGAACCUGUACCAAAUCGCCCCAGAUAUCUUUCUCGAAAACGAGCACUUCCGUUCAACAGCCAGAAACACGUCCACCCUUGCCGGCCGCGACAUAUUAAAUGCUAGCCCAGUCAGAGUCGACACUUCGCGGGCCUUCCAACUCUUCCCGAAACUGCCCAGCGAGUAAGCACCAGUACUCUGAGAUACCGUCAAAUCAGAAAGUGCUGACUCUAUGAUAAAACUCCGCUUCAAGAUCUGGGGAAUGGGCGACCCACGCCUCGUCGAGGUCAUACACGAUGGCAACGGUGUAUUUAUCUCCAAGACUCUUGUUCCAAACAUCCUGCACGCCACCGCCGAAUCGCGACGUGAACGAUUGCGCCGGUACGUCGAACUCGAUCUCAGCAGCGGUCUUCAAGGAAAUAUUACCUACAUCGACUGGAACACCGACACGCUCAAGAUCUGUACCGAAGUGACUCUCCAAGCGAUCUUCAGGCCCGAGAACGUCCGCAUUCUCGAGCCGUACGAACCAAGCAGAAUUGCCAUCCCCCUCGACUCUCUUCCCACUUUCCCGACUGGUCUCAGGGCCUCGGAUCCGUUCAGAAAGAUGGAGGAGCUACAUGUGAUCCGCGCCACUCCAAGUGUAACCAUGGGAGUCAGAAAUCUUGACUUGGUUUGGGUGUACGUAUCCCAACCGACCCACACAGUUGCUGAGCACAAGAGAGAGUUUGAGGGUUGCUGUCACCGUGGAUGCUGUUAGAAACGUAAAAAGGUUGUUGGAAGGAGACGAGAGAGAUGAGUGGGAUAUGCAGAGGACUUGGAACAACGAAAAAUGCGGACAUGCCGGAAGCCCGAAGGUAUGUACUUGGACCCCUGAGACGGUUCUUAAGUAAAC